CAAAUUGCAAAUAAAAUUUAUUAAAAGAAAAAAAUUACAAAAGCAUACAAAAAAUAAAAUAAAUCGUGACUUACGUUGUGACGUUAAAUUAUAACCUUUAAGAAUAUAUAUGUCAUAUAUUUAUAUAUAAAUGAUUACGAGUUACGAGUAACUAGACAGACAUGGAGAAUAAUAACGUACUGGUGUCAGCUGUUUGAUUUUAUUUUGUCAUAUAGUGACAAAUUAAUAAUUACUUGUCUGGAGCAGCUAUUCAAUUAAUUAAUUUCAUACAUUUUAAUUAGUUAAAACCUCAAGUGUGAUGUCAUCAUAUAUAUUGUGAUAAAAUAUUUUUUACUAUUAAGAGUUUUUUGUUAUUAAUAAAAAUUAUUAUUUUCACUUAAAAAUGUCGUGGUUCUUUGGAAAGAAAAAAAAUAAAGAAUCACCAACGGAAUCAACUGAAGAAAUAUCACCAACAAGCCAAAAUGAUGAUUACAUAUUAAUUGAAAAACAGGUAAAUCCAUUUGCACCAAAUCUUCCGGGUUCUGAUAGCGGCGGUAAUUUACCAUCAGGAUCAAGUGCAUUGUAUCCAGCAUUGAGUGGUGAUCGUAUGAUCAAUCAACCAAUACCACCUUUACCUGGAUCAAGACCAACAACUUCAGCUGAUAAAAAUAUAUUAGGUGAUACUCAAGCUUAUUUAAGUAUUAUUCCAUUUGAAUUGAAUAAAGAAUUAGAUAAAGAUCCUGAAUUAGAUAGACUUCGUGUUGAUGAAAUUUCAAAUUUUAUUUCACGAAUCAUGAGUGAAGACUAUCAGUAUGAUUUUAGUGUUGAAAAGGGUGUUAUCAAUGAAAUGGAAGCUGUAACAGAAUAAUAAUAAUUAUUAUUAGUUAUUUUUUUAACUGUAUUUAUUACUCUUAAUAUUAUUUCGCGUUACUAAUUUCAAAAGGACUUAUAUUUUUAUAUAGCAGAAGAUCAGAACUUUUUCGCGCGACGUAAAUGAAAAAAAUUUAUGUACUUUGACUGCUUAUGGGGUAGUUCCAAAAGUUAGCGGCCUUGGCUGAUGUAUCAGCAUCUAUAAGAAACAUUUCAGAAAUCUAGUCAUCCACUAGGUUUUUUACUUUCCAAUUUUUUUUUUCAUUGCGCGAAAAACGUUCUGGUCUUCAGGUACAUCGUGUAAAGCCAAAAAGGCGUACAAUUUUUUUUUCAUUGUCAAUCGUCAUGUAGUUUUAUUUUAUAGAUAAAAAUUGGAAAAAAAAAAAAAAUAAUAAAAGCCAAAAGAGCAUGUAGCUUAAAUUAUAUGCCCUUUUGGCUUUUCAAAUUUUCACUCUAGAAUAAAUCUACAAUAUAAUUUGCAAUUAAAAAAAAAACAUUUAUACACCCUUUUGGUUUUAAACUUAGUAACUAAAGCCAAAAAAACUUAUAAAAAUAUAAGUCUUUUUGGAACUAAUGACGCGAUUUUUAGUUUAUAAUUUAAAAUAUUUUUUUAUUUCUAUAAUUAGUCGACAGUAAUUAUCUCGUAUAUUUAAUAAUCAUUUUUGCAUAAUUUUAUCGACAAAAUAUAAAAUUUUUAUCAUUUAUAUAAAUGAUAUAUUUAGAACUUUUAAUGAUCGAAAGUUUAUUUUUGCUUCCAUUAUUGUUGAAAUAACUAAAAAUUAUAUUAAGAUUAUUGAUUUUAAAAUUUAUCUGAAAAGGUAUCCAUAGUUAAGAAUUUUUCUUAAUCAUAUCCAUUACAAAAAAAAAUUUCCCACUGCUCAGUUGUCUGUAAAAUAAUUUAAUAUUAUUUUAUGAUCUUUAUAAAAGAAUUUUCAUAGUAUCGAUUUAUGAAAACUAUUAUUUACUGCGUAAUUAUGAGAAUAUUAUUAUUAGAAUUUAUUAUGACGGUACCCACGUAAUUAAACAAUAAUCAAUGACGUAAGCAAUCAAUAUCGUUACGAGGGUAUUAUUGUACUAUGCAAUCAAAUUUAUACGUAAAGAAUACGGCAAGCUGUUCAUUUAGUAUAUGAUUAAACAGUAAACAACUCAACGGUUGAUAAGUGAAAUGUUUGUAUAAGUUAUUUAGGAAAUUGAUAUAACUUGUUUGAAAGAUCUUGACAAUUAAUAAUAAUUAUUUGACAAAAUAAAAAUAACUUCAAAUCAUAAAUUUUAAAAUGCAAUUGAGCUUUAAAAUUUUAGGUGUAAUUUUUUGUUUCCGUCAUUUUUCAAUAAAAAUGAAAAAAAAUUAUAAAUUUAUUUAUAUUUGAAUUGUUAUUAGUAACAUGAAGUUAUAAAAUAAUUGAAGAUAAUUAAAAAUAAAUUAUUUAUAACAAAUAAUACAUUAGUAAAUUAAUCAAAAAAUUUUUAAUAACUAAAAGUAAUUUUUUCUAUAUUAAAUUUUAAAGAAAAUUUAUUUUAAGUUUACAAUGUAAAAAAUUGGGAGUGAAUUCGGAGUGAUUACAGAUUUGAUUUAAAUCCACAUUCAUUCAAUCCGAAGUAAUAAUUUACACUCCUCUCCAGAGUAAAUUUCACUCUGAGGGGAUUCACUCUGGAUUUAAUCCACGUUGACUCCACAAAUUUUUCAUAGUGUAUUCAAUAAUUUUUUUCUUACUUUGAGCUUUCAAACAAAAAUAUUUAAAAAAAUUCCAUUGCCAUUGAUAGUAAUAAUACUUAUUAUAUUAAGAUUAUAAUUAUUUCUUGCUUUAUUUAUUUUUGAUUAAUAUAAUUAUUAAGGAAUGUAUUAUACAACUGUAAAAAAACGCACGGAUCCAUACAGUAAACAAUUAUUUUUAUAAUAAAUAUGUAAGCUUACAAAUAUUUUUAUUUUAAUAACUAGACCUUUAUAAAAUGACGUAAAUUAUGUCUUUUUUUAUAAACGAACACAAUUAAUGCAUAAUAAAAUGUAAACAUAUUCAAUUACAAAUUAACGAUUAAUAAAUAAAUUUGUUUUUUCUCAUUGAACAAGCAGUCAAAUGAAUUUUUAAAUUAAUGAGCUCUCUAUAUAGAUUAUUUUUAUAUUGAUUAUUUAUUAUUGACCAAAAUUAUUAAUAACAUUAUAAAGUUUUCUAAUCAACUAAAUUAAUAUUCAUUAAAUAAUAGAAUUAAAAAAAGUCU